CUUGACCCGGGCGCCGACAGACAGACCAAGCGUCUAUAAUUGAGCCUAUUUAUAAAUUCUCGGGGCUCCCCACGGUCAUCAAUUCAUAACUUCUCCAUGUUGUGCCUUUUUCAAGAGGCCGCAUUGACCACUGGCCAUGUCACUCAGUGACCCCAACAAUGUUUUGAACACCAUCAACUUUGUGACACAAUGUCUUUGUAUUCCGAUCGUUAGCGUUUUCGUCAUUUUGCGAUUCUCCAUCCGCAUCUACUACAAGCAGUUUGUAGCGGUUGAAGACUGGUCAUGUCUAAUCGCAUGGAUCUUGUUCAUGGGAUACUGUGGGGUUGCCAUUGCAGUGGGUCACUAUGGCGGAGGUUACCACAUUGACGAUGUCUCGGAAGCACACCAGGUGCUCUUUCGCAAGUACUGCUACGUCGCUACCGUGCUCUACUGCCCCAUGGCCCUCUUAGUCAAAGUCGCCCUCCUUUCAAUCAUCAUCCGCAUCUUCAGUCCCUACCGAUCCAAAGUCCUCUUCAUCUACAUACUCCUCGGCUGUCUCUGUGUAUACUAUGUGAUUGCGGAGAUCAUCAAGAUCCGCAUGUGCGAUCCGAUUCCGGGCUACUGGACGCUCGACCCGAAGGCGUCGUGUCUCAACCAACGGGCCGCGCUGAUUGCCGACUCGGUCAUCAGUGUGGUGGCGGACUUGAUCAUCUUGAUUCUGCCGCUACCGUUGACAUGGUCGCUGCAGAUGUCUCGGAGUAAGAAACUGCGGGUGAUUGGAAUGCUGUCGGCGGGUGGGUUGGCGACGGCGUUUAGUCUGUAUCGAUUGGUGCUGGUUUUACGGGAUGGCAGUUCUAAGGACCAGACAAUUGUUUUUACGAUUGUGAUUCUAUCAGGAAACGCCGAAGGAGGAGUUGCUAUGAUCUGCGCCUGUCUUCCUACCGUCAACAUCCUGAUCAACAAGCUCCGCAAGAAGGAUUACAGCUCCCAACGCUACUACGAACCCGAAUCGUCGGUCAAUUUAAGCAAGCUCAAGGGAAGCAACAAGCGAUUCUCACUGGGGACAUCCCGGCGCGCCGAUGGCACCGAGUCCGCCUGCGACCAGUCGCAUCUGAUCACCUUCGCGGGGACAGUCGACAUGGAGGGCAGUGCUGAUGUGGGAGGUAUCCAUAAGACAGUAGAUGUGUCGCAAACAGUGGAGAUGGUGGUUGAUGGUAAUGAAAACCAUCACCGUGAUUAUCACUCAUGAUUAUACUUGGGAGGCAUUUUGUAUGGUUUGGGGUUAUACUGGCUUUAGCGAUAGACUACAUUCUUUAAUAGAUUCCUAUGUAAUUAUUCACC